AGACGCGGUUGGUUUAACAUCGUCUUCUGUGUAUCGGAGCGUGCCUGUCGGUCCACCGAUCCACUCCAUGUAUUCUUGUUUUCCAUUGCUUCGAGUUCAGUGUGAGAGAAGCCGAAUCUUGUUUACAGCGGUGAUUUUACGAAACGAGUACCGUCAGAAGAGUCUCGUCGUUGCGAAGGAGUCUAAACGCCGUCGUGGAGACAUAAGAAUCCAACACUACAAGCUAUUUAUUUCAAACAGUUCGGGAUUUUUUUUGUGCAGAAAAUUAAAUCCACUCUUGGGAGCCGCUCGUUCUUGCAGCACGUAAAAAUAUUUUUUCCCCUAACGUUACCUCAAAACAGAGCGACAGCGCGUGAAGGCGGUAGGGGAGGGUGAGCCGGGGGUAGUUGCAGUUGGUGAAACCAUUUUUGUCCUGGCGGAUAUUUUGGAUCGAGCCCCGUCGCGAGGCUUUAUUGAGGCGGGCUGCAAUUUCAUUCAUAACGUUGCGUACAUUAUCCGAGUCGUCGCGGUCUUUGAAGCUGACCUCAACGUUUCUCUGUAACGUUACGUCGAUAUUAUCUGAAUCAUCAGACUGGCACAGCAACAUUCGCAGAAGGUGUUUUGUCGUAGGAGAAACCGCUAGUUUAGCUGGUCGUGUGCUGCGCGUCCCUCUCGCGAUUUCAAGAAAUGGAGGCUGAAGAUGCAGAUUAUCGCUUGAGUGAAAACCGCGGUUCUGUCCAUUUCAUAUACACGAUCGCAUCAUUGCAUUAUUGGCAAGAAUAACAGAAUGUUUUGAUUUAUCUUCAUGUUACUAUUAAAGAAGGAUUAUAUAAUUAACACCAGACAUAGUUGAUCUACUCCCUCACCGCCUCCCGUUAUCUUUAGGAGUAAAGGAACUAUCUUCCCAUCUAAAGCAGAUUCUUGUGGAAUUUUUGCCUGCUUAAAAGAAGAAGCGUCGCAUUUUGCUGCAGUUUUGCGUUUUUGCGACACGGCCUUUUUAUUUUGGGGAUAUUGAUGAACAUAUUAGGAAUGAGAGCUGGAACAGCGAGGGAUGUUUGGACCUUAUUUUGGGGUCCUGUGCUGUUUCUCUUCACAAUCUGCCUGUGCUGUGCCCAUGGAGAAGUCUGUGGUCCUCACAUUGAUAUUCGCAAUGACAUCAGUGAGUUUAAGAAGCUGGAGAACUGCACCGUAGUGGAGGGCUACCUGCAGAUCCUCCUCAUCGGAGACAAGAACAACAAUCUCAACCAGGAGCACUUUCGCACCCUGUCCUUCCCCAAGCUGACCAUGGUGACAGACUACCUUCUCCUGUUCCGUGUCUCCGGCUUGGACAGCCUCAGCGUGCUCUUCCCCAACCUCACCGUCAUCCGAGGACGCAACUUAUUUUACAACUACGCCCUGGUCAUCUUCGAAAUGACCGGCCUGAAAGAUAUCGGCCUUCACAACCUGAUGAACAUCACCAGAGGGGCCAUCAGGAUCGAAAAGAACCCGGAACUUUGCUACUUGGAUUCGGUGGACUGGUCGCUUAUUAUGGAUGCAGAGUUUAACAACUACAUUGCUGGGAACAAGCAAUCCAAGGAGUGCGGUGAUGUUUGUCCAGGUAUAAUGGAAGAUCGGCCGCAAUGCAUCAGGACCAGCUUCAAUGACAACUACAGCUACCGCUGCUGGACCUCGAAUCACUGCCAGAAGGUGUGUCCGGAGAAGUGUGAGAAGAGGGCGUGCACAGAUUUGGGCGAGUGCUGUCACCCCCAGUGUCUGGCCAGCUGCACCGAACCCGAUGACGAUAUGGCAUGUGCCGCCUGCCAGCAUUACUUUCACGAGGGCCACUGCGUUGAGGACUGCCCACCCGACACCUACAAGUUCGAAGGCUGGCGCUGCAUCACCAUGGAGAUGUGUGCUCAAGUUCACCUGCCCAGCGAGGUGUACUUCGUCAUCCACAAAGGAGAGUGUAUGCCCGAUUGUCCACCCGGAUUCACCCGAAAUGAGACCCUGAGUAUGUUUUGCAGCGCAUGUGACGGAAUGUGUGAUAAGGUCUGCGAAUCUAAAACUAUUGACUCUGUGGAUGCUGCUCAGUCCCUGCAGGGCUGUACGGUCAUCAGAGGCAACCUGCACAUCAACAUCCGGCGGGGCAAUAACAUUGCAUCUGAGCUGGAGAAUUUCAUGGGGUCAAUCCAGAAAGUUACUGGAUAUGUAAAGAUCAAACACUCGCAGACUCUGGGCUCGCUGUCCUUUCUCAAGAGCCUCCAAUACAUUGAAGGGGAAGAGCUGAAGGACCAGUCAUACGCAUUCUAUGCCAUGGACAACCAAAACCUGCAGUAUCUGUGGGACUGGAGCCAACACAAUCUGACCAUUAAAAAUGGGAAAAUGUUCUUCCGCUUUAAUCCUAAACUUUGCAUAUCUGAGAUCCGGAAAAUGUGGGAGAAAACAGGUGUCAAAGGAAAAAUGGAAGAGGAUGACAUUCGCAGCAAUGGAGAGCGAGCAAGCUGUGAGAGCCAUAUUCUAACGUUCACAUCCAACCACACUCAGAGUACUCGGAUAAAGCUCACUUGGGAGCGAUAUCGACCGCCAGACUACAGAGAUCUCAUCAGCUUCAUAGUCUAUUACAAGGAGGCACCAUUCCAAAACAUCACUGAAUUUGAUGGACAAGACGGAUGUGGCUCUAACAGCUGGAACAUGGUGGAUGUGGACCUCCCUCCGGACAAAUCAGACCCGGGGGUGUUUCUGUCCCCACUGAAGCCCUGGACACAGUAUGCUGUCUUUGUGAAAGCUGUCAUCCUGGUUGUGGAGGACAAGCACAUUCUGGGAGCCAAGAGUGAGGUGGUCUACAUCCGCACCAAUGCAUCAGCACCAUCAAUGCCUCUGGAUGCCCGUGUAUAUGCCAACUCCUCUUCAUCCCUGGUAGUGAAAUGGUCACCUCCCAUUUCUCCCAACGGAAACAAAACCUUCUAUCUGCUCCGUUGGCAACAGCAGGCAGAGGAUCGUGAACUCUACCAACAUAACUAUUGUUCUAAAGAACUAAAGAUCCCCAUCCGCAUCUCAGCCACGGCUUUGUCAGACAUGGAGGGAGACACAAAGCCAACCAAAUCGGAUGCGGUCAGUGCUGAGAAGGGCCCGUGCUGCCCGUGCCCCAAAACAAUGGAGGUCUUGCAGGCAGAAGCUGAAGACCGUUCCUACCGCAAAGUCUUCGAGAACUUCCUUCACAACUCCAUCUUCACGCCCCGACCUCCGGACAGAAAACGUCGAGACCUGUUCGGAGUGGCCAAUGGUACACUGGUGCAGGGUGCGAGCAGGAACAUCACAGGACUGGAAAGCAACACCACUGACCCGGAGCUGCAGGAGAGAGAGUACCCUUUCUCCGAGGACACGGUCCACACCGAGUUCAUGGAGAUAUCGAAUCUGCAGCCCUUCACCGUGUACCGCAUCGACAUCCACGCAUGUAACUACGAGGUCCACCGUUGCAGCGCAGCGGCUUUUGUCUUCUCUAGAACCAAACCUGCAGACAAAGCGGAUGAUAUUCCCGGCAGCGUGAGUCAAGAGAGAGAUGAAAAGGCAGAGGGAACCGUGCUGCUCCGUUGGCCAGAGCCGCAUCAUCCCAACGGACUGAUCCUGAUGUACGAAAUCAAAUACCGUCUAGGAAGCGAGCCUGAGAAGCACGAGUGUGUAUCACGCCAGCAGUAUCGGGUACAGCGAGGAGCUCAGUUUAGCAAUCUGUCUUCUGGAAAUUAUUCAGCCAGGGUGAGGGCCACUUCUCUGGCUGGAAAUGGGUCAUGGACUGAACCGGUUUCCUUUUAUGUGUCACCCCCGAAAAGAAAUUAUGAUAACGCCUUCUAUCUGGCCAUUAUCAUCCCUAUUAUAGUCCUGGUGUUGCUUUUUGCGGCGAUCGCUGUGGUCGUCUUUGUGACCAAAAAGAGGAAUAGUGACAGGUUAGGAAAUGGUGUCCUGUAUGCUUCUGUGAAUCCUGAAUACUUUAGUCCUUUUGAGAUGUAUGUACCAGAUGAAUGGGAAGUAGCUCGGGAGAAAAUCACCAUGUGUCGUGAGCUGGGCCAGGGCUCCUUUGGUAUGGUGUACGAGGGCAUCGCAAAGGGAGUCGUGAAAGAUGAACCUGAGACCAGAGUGGCCAUUAAGACCGUUAAUGAAUCUGCAAGUAUGCGUGAACGCAUCGAGUUCUUAAAUGAAGCCUCCGUCAUGAAGGAAUUUAACUGUCACCAUGUGGUGCGUCUGCUGGGUGUGGUUUCACAAGGCCAGCCCACUCUAGUUAUAAUGGAGCUGAUGACCCGGGGCGACCUGAAGAGCUACUUACGUUCUCUCCGUUCCAAAGAGCAGGGAUCCAGUAGUCAAGCUCUUCCUCCUCUGAAGAAGAUGAUUCAGAUGGCCGGGGAGAUAGCGGACGGGAUGGCAUACCUCAAUGCCAACAAGUUUGUCCAUCGAGACCUGGCUGCUAGAAACUGCAUGGUUGCUGAAGACUUCACGGUUAAAAUCGGAGACUUUGGCAUGACACGAGACAUCUACGAGACAGAUUACUAUCGGAAAGGCGGUAAAGGGCUGCUGCCAGUUCGCUGGAUGUCCCCGGAGUCUCUGAAAGAUGGCGUCUUCACCACAAAUUCUGAUGUCUGGUCAUUCGGAGUGGUUCUAUGGGAGAUCGCCACUUUGGCCGAGCAGCCCUACCAGGGCAUGUCCAAUGAGCAGGUCCUGCGCUUCGUCAUGGAAGGAGGACUUCUAGACAAACCGGACAAUUGCCCCGAUAUGCUGUUCGAACUGAUGCGAAUGUGCUGGCAGUACAACCCCAAGAUGCGUCCGUCUUUCCUGGAGAUCAUCAACAGCAUAAAAGAGGAGCUGGAGCCGCCUUUCCCGGAGGUUAGCUUCUUCUACAGCGAGGAGAACAAGCCGCCGGACACCGAGGAACUGGACAUGGAGUUGGAGAACAUGGAGAAAGUUCCACUGGAUCCUGCUUCCACGCUGGCCCCCUCCUCUCAGGGGAGCACGGGGGCUCAGACCCAAAGUCCACAGCCGGUGCCUGGUACACCGAUGGGGUCUUCCCCGACCCCUUCCACCUCACCCCCCUCCUCUUCCGCCUCUCCCGGCCUGGCCUUAGAGAAGCACUCAGGACAGGUAACAGCAAACGGGCCGGUGGUGCUGUUGGGACCGGCGUUUGACGAGACUCAACCCUAUGCACACAUGAACGGGGGACGAAAGAACGAGCGAGCGCUCCCACUGCCUCAGUCAUCGGCCUGCUGAUCCUUACUUCCCAUCACCCUCUGCUCCUCAUACAGGGUACCCACACGUCGCCCCUUUGUCUUUGUGUUUCCUAUCGUUUAUGAGGAGUCAAAACCCAGGGCUGACCGUGGAGCCGGACCGUAUCCUUCAUGGAAGUCAGAUCAUUUUUUUUAUUAAAUGAUUUCAAAUGACGGAGGAUGUGAUGCAACAAGCCUACAAAUGCUCUUGCAAUACUUAAGAUUUGAAAACAAAUCAUCCACACUGGAGAGCCCUGGCUUUCACUUGUGUGAAAAGAACCUGUUUUAAUAUCUUCGAAAGGAAGAAUACCUGCCAGUUAAUUGUGAAACUAGAGACGAGCAUAUUAGCCAGCAAGCCCAGAACACUAAGGAUGUUUGUGUGUCAAGUGUGUUUUUAUACAAGAUACACAUUCCCCUUCUCAGCGCAGUACAUUUCUUCAGCUCAAGCUUGCGUGUUUGUCAUCGCAUUUCUCCAUCAAAUUGGAGCAAAGACCGUCUAAGCUGAGAUUGUUUGCUUUUGUGGGCAAGAACCAUCUGAUUGGUCACAGUACCCUCCUGCUUAGGGUGUCUGAUAGGAAGUCCAGUGGGCUUUUGUGAAACUGCCAAAUUUUUUGCCAAAUCUUUAAAAAAACAAACAAGUUAUUUAUGGUCGCAUAACCCAGUUCCCCAUCCACAGCCUUUUCAAGGGACUAAACUCUCACACUAUUUUUGAUGGGGGAUUUUUGUGCCUCAUCUCUUACAAUCAGUUUGAGUUUGUUCAUUCUUUUCCCUCUUUUAUACGGCUCUGAUUGCAUGUCGGUUCCUGCUGCACACACCAUCUGUGAGCUGAGCCUCGUCUCGAGUCGCGAAGGUGAAGAGAGGCGGAUCUGAGAUAUAAGGGAUUGAGUUAUGAAGCUGACCGGAUACAGGCGCUUCAUCUGAGACUGAAGUGAGGCGUUGUACACAGCAGGUUUUUUUUAGACUAGUCAUUAGUCUCUCUAUACAAUUCAUAUGAUUCUGAGAAGGGUCUUACAGUUGUAUGUUCGACCGCGAGAUCAUUUACACACGAAUAUUGGUUUGAGUCACUUUUGAUAACUUUUUUACAGUUCUGAUGUUCACCUCUUUGUCUGUACAGAAAGAAGCUGCUAUUUUGUUUUUUCUUUCGUGGGUGUUCGACAUUAUAUAUAUAUAUAUAUA